AUGAAAGCUCGACGACUUCUUUCUCCCUUUCUUGUCAUUCCCUGUUGCGUUGUAAGCGGGUUCAAUCUUCAGUCGAGCAACGCUUUGCGUCGGAAGCGCUCGGUGAAUUCGCUACUUCAGCAGCAGACUGCACAAACGUCAGCCAGGGAAUCUCUGGACACGGAGGAAUCUACGGAUAGCACCGCCCCGAGACUUCCGCCCAUUAUCCAACAGAUUGCCGAUGAACGCGUGGAGUUUCAGUUGAACUUAGGAAAGGCUAUGGACACACUUCGCAGUGAUAUGUCGGACAUUCUUGCCAAAAAGCCAGACUUUAGCAUUUACGACGAGCACAUAAGUGCAAUCGACCCAUCUGGUGUCCAACUGACUGGUCUGGACAAGUACAAGUCAGCGUUUGCCUUCUUCCAGACGUUCGUCGGAUUCUGGUUUUCCAGCCGUUCCGUAGUACAAAGCCGUAUGGUGUACGACUUUUGCCGGUCCUCAAUUCGUAUUUCAUGGAACGCCGUGCUUGUCCCUAAAUUUCCUUUGGGUCGUCCUCUCUACGUUGACGGUGUUUCGUAUUACCAACUCGACAGGGUAUCCGGUAAGAUCGUGGAGCACAAAAUUGAAAAGCUUAUGAUCAACAACACGCCCGUGGCGCCUCCGUACGGUAUACUUUCAAUUAUUCAGCAAGACCUUUUUCGUGUACGGAGUCCACAGGGAGUCCCUGUGGGUAUCGGGGCUAUGAUUGGCAACGUCGAGACUACCGCCGCCUUGCAGAAGAGCUUCUAGCGCGUCAGAGUAGAUGGGUGUUUCUACAAGGAACGAGUUUGAGCGAUUCAGCGGCUUACAUGUUAUCAAUAGUCUACUUUAAGGUGUAUCUAUACCUUUCUUAUUUUGGUGUCCGACUGUGAAGCAAGCACGGCGGCCGCUAUUAUGAGUGACCUUUCGGAUUUUGAUGACUACAAGGAACGAGUUUGAGCGACUCAGCGGCUUACAUGUUAUCAAUAGUCUACUUUAAAGUGUAUCUAUACCUUUCUU